AUGGCCGAUCAAAUCAAUGUAGAUCAACAAGCCAGCUCGUGUCCCUCUCGCAUUGUAGCAACAGUUAACAAUGAUGGUCAUGUGGUUGUUGACUAUUGGAAGACGCAUUUGGGACACCAAAAGCUUGCUAAAUAUAUUCGGAUGGAUAAAAAAUUACGGAGACAUAUCAAAGAUACAUUAACAGAUGCAAGUGAGUUGAACAUAUUUAACGCAAGACUUAACUUUGCCAAGUCUGAUUUAACUGAAAUUGCCAAGAGAGACGAUGUAAUCAUUGGUAAUAUACAUGAGGCAUCAUAUAGUAAUAAAUUACCACUGAGGGCUUCUUUAGUCUCCAGCAAAGAUUUGUGGAACCUAAAAAAAAAAUAUUUAAAACCGUAUCGGACGUACAGACACCCAAUUGAUUCUAUCAGUGUGAACCUUUGGGUAGAGGAGAACAGACGAAAGAAGAAAUUCACAAUAUUGUUUCAUAAAAAUAUCGAUACUGUUCAUUAUGGGCUUAGAGAGGAUGAUUACAUAUUAAUAAUAAUGACUAAAAAGCAGGCGGAAAUGUUACAGGAAUUUGGCUCAGACAGAAUUUGCGUUGAUGCCACCCACGGAACAAAUUGCUACAAUUACCAGUUACAUACGUUAAUGGUAAUUGAUGAAUUUGGAAGUGGGGUUCCUGUAGCUUUCUUUUUUGCAAAUAGACAAGACGAAGUAACGUGUAGAAUAUUUUUUGAAGAAAUAUCUAAGGCAGUCGGUAAAAUAAAUACAAAAUCAUUCAUGACAGAUGACUGCCCAGCAUAUUUCAAUGCUUGGUCAUCUGUCAUGGGUGCUCCACAACAUAAGCUAUUAUGCUCUUGGCACGUGUCAAGGAGUUGGAAGAGGGCAGCAGCUGCAAAGAUUGUUAAUAAAGAAAAGGGAGAUUUAAUUUAUGAGAAAUUGCUAACUUUAAAAAUGAUUUUAGAUGAGAGGGAAUUUAGGAGUAGUUUAAAUAAUUUUUUGGGUGAACUUGAGGGAGAUGAUGAUACAAAAUCAUUUGUAACAUAUUUUAGGAAAGCUUACUGCUACCGUGAAACUACAUGGGCAUAUUGCUUUAGGAUAGGAUUAGGGAUAAACACUAACAUGUUUUUAGAAAGCCAUCAUAAUCAAAUGAAGAAACGAGUUAUGAGAAGAAAGUGCAGUAAAAGAAUGGAUAAGGCGAUUGACAUAGUAUUAAAGACUGAAAUGGAAGCUUUUAUUUUCAGAAAUAAAAGAAUAAAUGGAGUUUGUAUAUCAACAAGACAGAGGGAGUCAAUAAAAAGGCAUAAGAGAAGCGAAGAUAUAAAUCAAGUACAAAUUAUUUCAGAUAAAAAGUGGAGUGUAUCAUCAUAUGUGGUUACACAAGCUAAGCAAACAUGUAACAGUAUUUGUAUGAGAUGCGAAACGUGCAAGAUUUGCUUUCAUACAUAUUCUUGCACUUGUGUAGACUAUUUAAUUAGGUCAAUUAUUUGUCAGCACAUCCACGCAUGUGUAACAUUUUUUCCGUCUGACACUGGCUUUAAGCGUGAUUUGUUAGAAAGAGACAUGGUGCAGAAAUAUGAACUUUUGAGAUGUUCAGAUGAUUCAAGUACUAAUAUAUUAAUUAAUAAUAGCACUGCAGAUAUUAAAGAAACCAAAGCCACAGCAGAAAAUUUAUUUUUCCAGAUUCAUAAUGUAAUGUUUAAUAUAGGAUAUGAUGAGAGUUUAGCUGGAACAUUGGAGAAAAAUUUUGAACAUGUUCUUCAGCUAAUAGCUCCAAAAGAAAAUAGUACAGUAAAUAUAAAUAUAAAAAUGGAUUGCCAAAGAAGGAAAAAAAAGACUGGAAUGUGGUAA